UGAACCCUGUUCCAGGUCUUCCGGGGAAGACAAGGAUCGAGAUGGCGAGCGCCGCGGUGGAGAAGACAGCGGAGGAACUAAGAAAGGAGAUCGCGGAACUCCAGCGUCAGCAAUGGGAGAUAACAGAGCGUCUUCGAAAUCCGAGGGGUGUUCGCCGUGCAGCCGCAAGCGCCGGCGGAUCACGGAUCCGCGGCGUGAUCAGACCGGCUCCGGAAUCGGAGGAGCAGCCGGUUUCUAAGAGGCGACUCUCUUCUGCAGUUGUGAAGGUGGAUGGUGAAGAGAGCAAGAAUGAUAAUGCUGAAGCAGGAGAUCUCCAGGUUCAGGAUACAGCUGUGGAAGUUGGCGCUUCUUCUGGCGGGGAGAGCGCCAGGUUAAGGUCUGGGAGUGGACAGAUUAAUGGGGGGUUUAGAAGAGAUGGUAAUGUCCGGUUGAGGAAGAUGGACUAUGAUGCUAUUCCAACAGAAACAGUUCCUAGGGUGUUGCCUAAGGAGGAUGACCCAAACUUGGUGAAGAGAAAUAGAAGGAUGCUGGGCCAGCUACUGGGUACACUGGAGAAAUUUCGUGAAGAAGACAAGCAGCUUUCAUCAACUGAGGCAUAUAUGAGGAGAUCUGAUUCAUUGAAGAGGGCUGAACAGAAAGCCCGUGAGGAAAGUGAGAGGCUAAGGCAACAAGAAAGAGAGCAGAUUUCUGAGAAGCGCAGACGUGAUUUGACCCUUCGAGCUCGUGUUGCUGCAAAGGCGGAGGAAAAGAAAUUGGAGCUUCUGUUUCUCUUGUGGGCUGAGCAUCAUAAGAAGCUCUCCAAUUUUUUAAGGACAAAAGCAGAACCUCCCAUAUAUUACAUGCCAGUCAAGCCUUUAGUUGAGGAUGCAGCUUUUAUGAGCCAACAUAAGGAACAGGCCCUUCAAGAAUGGAAGUCCUUGCGAAGAGCGGAGCUGUCCGAAUACCAGAAACAGAUUGAAGAGAAUUAUAUCUCUAAUGUGGACAAGGAGCUCGAAAGGUGGCAAAAUGCAAGGAACGCGAGGAGAUCGAACAAUCUGGUUAAUCUCCAGGAAACCAUGGACAAGGAGCUUGAGACACACAGGUUAGAACAUGGCCCCAAAACGAGGAGGAUAGCUGGAACCAAUGAUGAGGAUGAGGAUGUAGAAGAUAUUAUUGUCGACGAUGAACUCAUUGACGAGGUCCUUGAGCCGCAGGACAGGCAUGAGACCGACUCAACUAAGGCCCCAGAAGCAGGUAACGGUAGUUCUGUUCCAGCUUGAGAGAAAACCAUUAAAAAAACAUUGUUUUUCUCGUAUCCGUAAUGAUCUUACUCUUAA